AAUUAAAGGACAGAAAAAAUAAAUAAAUAAGAGGUGUUUAGAAAACUUGAAAUGGACGUUUUCUCUUCGAACUUACUGUUUGUUCACACCCGGGCUAACUACUAGAGUAUAGUACACAUACACACACACACACACACAUAUAUAUAUAUAUAUAACCCUAGCUACCAAAAGAACCCUACUUCCUCUUUUUGUCUCCAUUGAUAUCUGAUCUUGGGCACUUCUUGUUCUUGAUUUAUAUCUGAGGGCGAUGAUUUGGGAAGAAAAACAUAUUGUCGUGUAUAUGUAAUAAUUUUUUGUUGCAUGGUUUUGGCAGAUCAAAAGUAGAUUAAUAAAGAGGAAGAUUAAAGGGUUGUGAAAGUGGAUCGAAGACACGGGAAGAGGCAAAUUCCUCCAUGGGAGGAAAGGGAGGAAAACGAAGAUGAAGAUGCCAUCUUCCCUGUCUACUCAACUCGAUCACAGCAGGACAUGUCUGCAAUGGUUUCAGUCUUAACCCAAGUUAUGGGAGACUCCCAAAUUAACCCACUUCAACAGACUCCCUCCCCAUCCCACAUCGAACUCCAGCAAAGCCUCCCCCAGCAACCUCUGCCUGCUCAAGAUCAAGGGAAUGUGAGAAGAAGACACUAUAGAGGAGUAAGACAAAGGCCAUGGGGGAAAUUCGCAGCAGAGAUACGCGAUCCUCAGAAGGCGGCUCGAGUGUGGCUGGGAACUUUUGACACGGCGGAGGCUGCUGCGUUGGCUUACGACGAAGCAGCUCUCAGGUUCAAAGGCAGCAAAGCUAAGCUUAACUUCCCAGAAAGAGUUCAAGGCAGGACUGAGUUAGGUUACCUCACAAAUCGCCAUUUGAUCAACUCACGACCAAACACCACAACUACAUCAUCAUCAUCAUCAUCAUCAUCAUCACCAUCACCAUUAACAUAUCCAACUAACAUGUAUCAUCAACAUCAUCUCUUUCAUCCUGCUGUUAACUAUGGCUUUGUGUCUGAGGCUUUACCCACCUCUUCAUCUUCUUCUUCUUCCACAACACCUCAACAGCAGCAACAAGAAUUUGCAGGAUUUUCUAUUCAUUAUGGAACUUCUUCUCACCAUCAUCCUCCUACAAAUAGAAGAGAUGACUGUGGCUAGCUCCACCCCUCCAUAUAUAUAUAUAUAUAUAUAUAUAUAUAUAUCCUGCAGUUUUCUCAUUCAUCUCCACGGCUCCAAACUAAAACUGAUCUUACAGCUGGUUUAAGAAUUCAGAUGUUUCUUUUAUUUUCUUUUUUUGUACGUCUGCGUGUUUGACUGUCUUAAGUUUGUUUGCUUUGUUGAAAGUUUUCAUGAAAUAAUCAUUGAUUUAUUUGCAUCUUCAUUAAUAUAUUAUCUUACUGGUAACCACUUAGCUUGAUUAAGUAAGAUGUUAUUAAACAUGUUUACUGAUUACUGGAGUACAAAGUUGUCACGAACCUAAUACAUUGUUCGAAUCUGGAAGAAAAGGGAAAAAAAGUGGAGAAAAAGCAAAGAGAGAUUUGAGAAAAAAAUAUAUUCUGGUUUUAAUAAUACAUUGUUCGAUAUCAUUCCUUCCUUAAAUAUAAGUUUAUAUAUAAGCAGGAAAUUGUAAUUGUCUAAUUCUUUUUGUUUCUUCAUUCACCUGACUUUUAACUCUAAUUUCUUAUGAUUUAAAAGACAAAACUACCCUUUAUUGUUUUUACCCUGACUAUUUCCUACUUUACACAAGCUUACUUACGAAAGAAUAUGCAUGGUAUGCACGAAUAUAGACACCCACAUGUACGUUAUAUCCGUACUGGUUUUAAUACUUCCAAAACCAAGAACACCUUGAUGUGUAUGUAUAUAUAUAUGUGUGUGUGUGUGUGUGUGUGCGGGUGUUAUGUAUGUAUA